AUGAAGAUAAUUAUAUAUAUAUGCAUUUGGGCAGCCGCAUGGGCCAUUCCAGUUCCUCAAAUAAUACCACUGGAAAGACACAUCGCUGAGAAAUCUGUGAACGUAACCUUUCCAGCACACUCAGGAACUGCCACACAGAAUGAGUCACAUAUCAACGACACCACUAAAGACAGCAGUGACCCCCCGAGUGGGAGUGAAAUAGGACAGCAGGUGUAUACCAGAGAUGGUUACACAAGAGAGGGGAAUGGCUCUGAGUCGACAGAUGCAGGAGGGGACAGUUCUACGCAGCCCAUUUUAGCAAACGAAGAGGGGAACACUGCGGAUGAAAAUGAGGACAUGGGAACACAAAGUCAUGAUGGGAUGCCUGGCAAAGAGAACAGCACAGCAAAUGGCAUCAGGGGCCAAGUGAGCCUCACUGAAAAUGCUGGGGAACCAAGGGAUACGGAAACUGGGGGUGCUAGCAAUGCGAGCCAGAACGGAGACACCACCCUUGUCCAGGAAAAUGGGCCUCAAGUAGCUGGAAGCAAGAAUAGUACAAACCAUGAAGUUGGAAUACACGAGGACGGGGCUGCUGCCACACGUGACACAGUGCCUCACAGAGAAGAGGAGGGAAGUAGGAACAGGGGGGCUGAGGUAACACCAAGCACAGGGGAAGAUGUCGGUCUGGAUAAUACUGACGGGAGUCCCAGUGGGGACGGGGAAGGUGAGGAUGCAGACAUGGGCUCUGGUGAUGAUGAGGGCACAGAAGCGGGAGACAGAAAGGGAGAUGGGGACAGUAAAUACCAGGAGGGCCAGUCUCAUGGGGGCAAAGACGGCAACAGAGGUCAGAGUUCGGUUAGUAAUGAAGACGACGACUCUAAGGAAAAAGGAGGCUCCCCAAAUGGACGUGAUGGAGACAACGCCUCUAGCAGCGAGGAGAACAAUGGUACCGAAGAAGGCAAUGGUAACCAAGCAAUGCAGGAAAGCCAGAAGCUCGAUCACAAAGACAGCAGGGGCACAGGAGGCAGAGUCACCAGCCAGCCAGAAGCAUGCCCUGCUGGGAAGAGCCACGGUCAGGGAAUAGAAACUGAAGGUCCCAAUCCAGGCAACAAAAGUAAUAUCACCAAAGAAUCUGGGAAACCCAGUGAAAAUACAGACAGCAAUGGACACCGUGGAACAGAAGUGGACAAAAGAAGUAGCCCAAAGCAAGGGGGGCCUGACAAGCCCCAAGGGGCUGGUGAGAAACCAGAAGCCCACAGUAAAGUAGGACCCAGCAAGAUGGGUAGUGGCAGCAACAGUGAUGUACACGACAGCUACGAUUUCGAUGACGAGUCCAUGCAAGGAGAUGACCCCAACAGCAGUGACGAAUCUAAUGGAAGCGAUGGUGCUAACUCAGAAAGUGAAAACGAGAGCGACAGCCAAGGAGAUGCUUCUUACACCUCUGAUGAGUCAAGUGAUGAUGGCGAAGACAGUGACUCAGAUGGGGGAGAGGAUGACAGGAGUGAUGACACAGCUGAUGCUGAUGACAGUGACAGCAAUGGUGAUGAUACCAGUGAGAGUGAUGACAAGGACGAAUCAGAAAGCAGUGACCAUGACAACAGCAGUGACAGUGAAAGCAAAUCAGAUAUCGGUGACAGCAGUGACAGCAAUGAUAGUAGUGAUAGCAAUGACAGCAGUGAUAGCAGUGACAGCAAUGACAGCAGUGACAGCAGUGACAGCAGUGACAGCAGUGACAGUAGUGACAGCAGUGACAGCAGUGACAGCAGUGAUAGUAGUGACAGCAGUGACAGCAGUGAUAGUAGUGACAGCAGUGAUAGUAGUGACAGCAGUGACAGUAGUGACAGCAGUGACAGUAGUGACAGUAGUGACAGUAGUGAGAGUAGUGAGAGUAGUGACAGCAGUGACAGCAGUGAUAGUAGUGACAGCAGUGACAGUAGUGAUAGUAGUGAGAGUAGUGACAGCAGUGACAGCAGUGAUAGUAGUGACAGCAGUGAGAGUAGUGACAGCAGUGACAGCAGUGAUAGCAGUGACAGCAGUGACAGUAGUGAGAGUAGUGACAGCAGUGAUAGUAGUGACAGUAGUGACAGCAGUGACAGUAGUGAUAGUAGUGAGAGUAGUGACAGCAGUGACAGCAGUGAUAGUAGUGACAGCAGUGAUAGCAGUGACAGCAGUGACAGUAGUGAUAGUAGUGACAGCAGUGACAGCAGUGACAGCAGUGACAGCAGUGACAGUAGCGACAGCAGUGACAGCAGUGACAGUAGCGACAGCAGUGACAGUAGUGACAGCAGUGAUAGCAGUGAUAGCAGUGACAGCAGUGACAGCAGUGAUAGCAGUGACAGCAGUGACAGCAAUGAUAGUAGUGACAGCAGUGAUAGUAGUGAUAGUAGUGACAGCAGUGAUAGUAGUGAUAGUAGUGACAGCAGUGACAGCAACAACAGUAGUGACAGCAGUGACAGCAGUGACAGUAGUGACAGCAGCGACAGCAGCGACAGCAGUGACAGUAGUGACAGCAGUGACAGUAGCGACAGCAGUGACAGUAGCGACAGCAGCGACAGCAGCGACAGUAGUGACAGUAGCGACAGCAGUGACAGUAGCGACAGCAGUGACAGCAGUGACAAUAGCGACAGCAGUGACAGUAGUGACAGCAGUGACAGUAGUGACAGUAGCGACAGUAGUGACAAUAGUGACAGCAGUGAUGAGAGUGAUAGCAAGUCUGGCAACGGCAACAAUACAAGUGACAGUGACAGCGACAGUGAAGGCAGUGACAGUAACCAUUCAACCAGUGAUGACUAG